AUUACAAACCCUAGAUCUCACUCCCCAACUUGACAAUCUUGCAUUCUCUCUUCUUCACUUCUCGCCCUCCCCUUCGAUCCUCGUCGUCUCCGUCUCCAAGAUCAAGAUCGGUUCCAGGCUUCAAUCGGUGAUUGUUGCUCGCGAUUCUGGCGGCGAUCUCUUCAGGGAAAAGGAUCUAAAGUCGAUUUAUUAUAAGAAUGUCACUACCAACGAAACGCUUCCGCUUGAGUGCUAAAAAUUUUUACUUGACAUAUCCUGAGUGUUCACUAUCCAAAGAUGAUGCACUGACACAGCUCCUCGCAAUUCCCCUUCCAACUAAUAAGAAGUUCAUUUGUGUUACGAGAGAACUUCAUGAAGAUGGAAGUCCUCAUAUCCAUGUGCUCUUACAACUCGAGGGCAAAGCACAGAUCACAAACCAGAGAAUCUUCGAUCUACGACAUCUUCAUUCCUGUAGAUGCUUUCAUCCAUACAUUCAGAGUGCAAAAUCCUGCUCCAACAUAAAGGCCUAUGUUGAGAAGGACGGGGAUUACACAGACUGGGGUGAGUUUCAGAUCGAUGGCAAAUCUUCAAGAGGAGGUACUCAUGAUUUAGCAACUAGGUAUGCUAACGCCUCAAAUGCUACUUCCGUGCAAGAAUUGUUACAGAUUAUAAGAGAGAAAGAUCCCAGGUCAUUUGUAUUGCAGUAUCACAAGAUCAUAGCGAGUGCUGAACGUAUAUUUGCCAGUCCGGUAGCUAUGUUCCGAUCGAAUUGGGCCUACUCAAGUUUCCACGUAACUCAAGGUAUUCAGCAGUGGCUAGUUUCCAAUUUUGAUGAGAAAUCUGCUGCACGGCCAUUUGAGAAUAAUAUAUUUAUUCUGAAAGAAAAUUUAGAUCGGCCAAUCAGUCUUAUUUUAGAAGGACCAAGCCGAACAGGGAAGACAGAGUGGGCUCGGUCGUUGGGCCCGCAUAAUUAUAUAUGUGGCUACAUGGAUUUCAACACACACACCUUCCGCAAUGAUGUCAUGUAUAACGUCAUCGAUAACAUAGCACCACGUUAUCUAAAAUUAAAGUAUUGGAAAAAAUUAAUUGGUGCAGAGAGAGACUGGCAAGCGAACUGUAAGUACGGGAAACCAGUUCAAAUUAUAGGAGGUAUUCCUGCUAUCGUUCUCUGCAAUCCCGGUACAGAUUCCAGCUAUUCGGAAUUUCUCGAUAAAAGACAGAAUAUUUCUUUAAGGCAGUGGACCUGUCAAAAUGCGCGGUUCGAGUUCAUUACCUCCCCCCUCUACACCUUGCAAAGGGACGAUAUUGAUACUACAAUGACGACUUGACUUCCAUUCCUGCACCGGGGAAAUUUUAACUGCACCACAGGCGGAGAAUGGUAGUUUUAUCUGGGAGAUUCCAAAUACCCUGUAUUUUGAGAUAGAAGAACACCUGGAACGGUUCUUUAAUAACAACUAUGAUAUUAUCACAGUAUAGAUAUGGUUCAACUACAACCUGAGGUAAGCAUUGAGGAUUCACAAAUGCUAGAUAUCUUUUAAAUUCUGGACAACGUUCGCUCCCCAGGGUUACAGCUUUCUUUAGAGCUAUUUAUGUUUCAUGUCAUGUAUUUUUUAGAUAAUCUCGGUGCAAUUUCCAUUAACAAUGUUAUUCGGGAUGUAAGCUACUUUGUUAAGAGAAUGCAACGACAUAUUAUCGAUGUAACACAAUAUUCCGAUAUCAAAUACAACCUGUGUUAAACAUUCA